GUUCGCUAAGAAAUUGAUGCAAGUGUUUCCGAACAUGGCGUCAAAUGAAAAUUUUUAGUGGACAUGAAAUCUAAAAAAGUUCUACAAUCAAAGUGAAUUAUAACUACUAUAAAGUUUAAAUAUAUAAUUAAGAAAUCGAAAUGAUGGAUGUUCCGCCUCCACCAAGAGAUUCCAGUCUGCGAAAUAUAAUUGACAAAUUGGCAGAAUUUGUUGCACGAAAUGGGCCCGAAUUUGAAAUGAUCACCAAACAAAAGCAGCAAGGCAAUCCAAAAUUUGAUUUUCUUUAUGGAGGCGAAUUCGCUGGUUAUUAUCAAUAUAGAGUGGUCGCAGAGCAAGCGUUUUUGAAACAACAAGGGGGUAUGCCGCAAACCUCUCCACAUCAUUCAACAUCAGUUCAUCAUAUGCCGCAUAAUCAAAAUCCACAAGCUUUAUCACCAGCUGUGCCUCAUCUUUUCACACAAGGUCCGCCGAAUCAGAUGCACAUAUCACAAACAACAGGAUUAGCACAAAACUCACAUGGCGGAAAUAAUUUCAGUAUGAAUUUACAGCAACCUCCACCAUCUUCCACUAACACUGCAAACAUAGCAAUAAAUAUAACUGGUCAAAUAGAAGCUAUUAACAUGCAACAAAACGCUUUACGGGAACAAAUUCAUCAGUCCGAAUCGAAUCUCUCCGCACAACAUUCGGCAAUGAUGGCACAACAAUCGAAGCAAGUCGAAGAGGCCAUUGAAACGGCACAAAAUACUCAUUUGGAAAAACAGGCCGAAGAGAAUAGCAUAGUGUUGCGAGAAUUUGACGGUAUACUGCAGCCAAUAAUUGAGUCUUGUACCAAGGAUAGCAUUUCAGCAGGCAAAAACUGGAUAUUACAGCAUUCAUCCGACAGCGCAAAAAGCAAUGUUGUUUUACAAUAUCUUUUAAAAAAGGCUUUGGUCAAUGGUUCAACGUUUCAACAAAAAUUGCAUCUUAUAUAUUUAGUAAAUGAUAUACUCCAUCACUGUGUGCGCAAGAACUCUCAUGAUCUGAAGAAUAAUUUGGAAAAUGUGGUCAUACCUAUGUUUUGCAGCGCAGAUUUAAUUGCCACGACAGAUCAGCGCAGCAAACUCACAAAGCUUCUAUCACUUUGGGAGUCAAAAGCGAAAUUUUUCGAUGCAUGCGUUAUAUCUAAGUUGCAGUCGCCCGACUCAUCGAUGCAGGAAUACAAAACGAAUUUGCAGAAUAUGCAUCAAGAUAUCGUCACUAAAUUCGCGCAAAGCACAAAGUCCACACUAGAGAAUUAUCAGAAACAGCAUCAAAUUUUCAUUCAGCAUGCAACGCAGCAAAUCACACAAUUGGAGCAGCAAAAACAGCAGUUGGAACAACAAAUGCUGGCUUCUGUGCUGCCAAAUGCAGCGGCGAUUUUGCCCCCAGCCGCAUCAUUACCUACACCACAACAACAACAGCCAGCUGUUCCCAAAAUUCCAUCACUGAUGGCGCAAAAGGUUUCAAUGCCAGAUGACGACGAUGAAAUUAUGAAACCACCGGGUGUUGACGAUGGAAAUUAUGGUGGCACUGGUGGUGGAGGCGCUGUUGAUUUCGGCAAUAACAACAGAAAUCAUCACUAUCAACAGCAACAACAACCGCAAAAGCAAAACUAUGAUAAUAGCAUCAAUUAUGGACAAACAAGCGGUCCACAACAAACUAAUUUCGCGCUGGAUAAUAUGGCUCCAACAAGCAGUGCAGGGAAUUUCUUCAUACCUGAUAUGUCAAAGCCACCUCCAGGUUUUGCUAGCGGUGCUAAUGCGCCCGUCAGCCAAAUGCCGAUCGGUUUACAACAACCAUUUGCUCCAAUGAACAACAUUCCGCAUGCCAACAACAACAAUAGCGGUGUAGGCGCUGGUAACAUUGACGGAGCUAAUCUUAAAGCCGCUGGGUCCAACAUAGACGUGGUGGCACUCAAUGCAGCCAUACAACUGGUUUUGAAACAGCAGAACCAACAAUUGCAAAAUUCUCAACAAAAUGUCGAAGGCGCCGGGCAACAUCUGACGCAUACAGACAUGGCGACCAAAAUGCCAGCACUGUCACAAGCUCCAAUGCCGCCACACCACAUGUUAGACAAUGAAGAGCUUCCAGCUGCGCAACUGGGCGUUGUGACGCCACAGACUGAAACGGAGGAACAGAAGCCAUCAGCGCCUUAUUAUGAUUUGCCAGCAGGAUUGAUGGUGCCAUUGAUACGGCUAGAUGACUACACAUACAAGCCGCUCGAUCCCUCGGAAAUCCGUUUGCCACCACCCGCGCCGCAAAGUGAGCGUCUGACUAAUGCAUUGGCGGCAUUUUACGCGCCACCUACACAUGAUCGGCCACGUGAUACUGAAGGCUGGGAAAAGCUCGGACUUUAUGAAUACUAUAAGGUGAAAAAUGUGGCGCGAAAGCAAAAGGAGGAGGAAAUACAAAAAGGUGAACGCGAGAAAACACGUUCACCCUCGCCGAUUGUUUUGGAAAAACCAAAAACGAAAAAACUUAAUAAACGAUGCUAUCGUUCCAAGAGUCGCAGUCGAUCCAAAUCACGCUCACCAUACCGUUCACCACCUCCUGCUCGUUCAUCUUCCGCACGUCGCAAUAAUCGCUAUAGCCAACGUAGUCGUUCACCUAGACGUUCGCCACCGAGAGAACGAAGUGAGCGCGAACGCGAUUCAUCUAGUAGUAGUCGGGAAAAUAGGCCAGAACGUGCCAAUCCACGACGUGAGCGAUCCGUCACUCCGCCUAGUUUCUUUGGUGGUAAUUUCCCGAAACCCAAUGAAUUUAUCGAAGAAACAAAUAAGGGUCAUCAAAUGCUAAAGAAAAUGGGUUGGGCUGGCUCAGGUACUGGUCUCGGCUCAAAACAACAGGGCAUUGAACAACCCAUCUCAGGAGGCGAAGUGCGCGAUCGAAAAGACAUGUUUAAGGGUGUUGGAAUUAAUAUGAAUGACCCCUUUGAGAAUUUCCGCAAAAAUAAGGGUGCCGCUUUCGUGCAUAGAAUGCGUGCACGAGAUGACAAAAGUUAAAUGAAUUGUUUUCUAUAUUCAUUAAAUAUUUAUAUAAAUUAAAAGGCUUAAAAUAUAAAUAAAGUUCAAUUAUUGUAACA